UGUUGCAUGUCGGUCGGCAACAUUCGGGUUUUUCCGUAAGCGAACACGAAGCGCGUCCUCCUCCACGACUGUACCGUAACUGUACUGGCGCUCCACCAUUGGUUCGAGCCUUCUAUCCACCGGGAAAAGGAGGCGGGGCGAGCGGCUCAAUGACUGUCGAGGCUGUGUUGACAGUUCAGAGGCAGCAUAGCGGCGGGAUUUGCGCGGGCCUACCGCACCGUAACCCCGCAUGAAGCUGCCCGAGAACACCGACGGAGCUCCACAUCUCCGAGUUUGACGCCCACCCUGGAGAUGGUUGGGAGCGGGCUGCGAGACAGCACGAAGCGGCAUCGAGGCGGGUCGGACGCACCGAACUGGCAGCCAGUAGCAAGUGGAUACAUGCGCGGCGGAGUGAGCGUGUUUUGGACACCUGAAAUUUGAAAGAAUAGAUUCGUGGAAGUCCCGAGCUCGGUCCAGAAUGGCGCGCGUGACACCCACAGGUUGAGGUUUAAUUCGCCGAAGUUCCCCGUCAGACUUCUGCUGCGAGGCUCGCGCGCCUGUGAAAGACUGUCCGUCCUGCAUGUUUGACAGAUAGCCAAUCAAAUCUGUUAUUCAAAUCGCUGCUCUUGUUUCACUGACCUGGCCUAUAAUCCAUGCAUGUGCUCCAAAAUCCCAGAGUUCUCUAUGCUCCAGACCAAACAGCAUGGGAACCAACGGGUUAGACAGCCAAGAGCUGGACUCACAGAAAGAGUCCCGGACGGAGCAGCCGGACCCCCACAUGGAGCUGAGAGAUGCUGCCUCGGAGCCGGAGAGCAGCCGGGACGCUCCGCCGGCGGGCGGCGACUGUAACCCCCGAGAGGACUGCAAGCCACCCUCCUCACCGGCUCCUCCCGAAGCCGGGGCGCCCGACCACGGGGCCGGCUUCGUCCCUCCGGAAGGAGGCUGGGGCUGGCUCGUGGUGUUCGCCGCGACCUGGUGCAACGGCUCGAUCUUCGGGAUCCAGAACUCCUUCGGCAUCCUCCACACCAUGCUGGUGAAGGAGCACACGGACCCAGACGACCCCACGUCUCAGUUCAAAGUGGCCUGGGUUGGGGCCUUGGCCAUGGGCAUGAUCUUCUUCUGCUCCCCUGUGGUCAGCAUGUUUACCGACCAUUUUGGCUGCAGGAAGACAGCUGUCAGUGGGGCCGCGCUCGCUUUUAUAGGGCUUCUCAGCACAUCGUUUGCAAACUCUUUGAUUCUUCGCUACUUCACAUACGGCAUAUUGUUCGGAUGUGGCUCCUCCUUUGCCUUUCAGCCCUCGCUGGUGAUCCUUGGCCACUACUUCCGCCAGCGUCUGGGCUUAGCCAACGGUGUGGUCACUGCCGGAGCCAGCCUCUUCUCCAUGGGCCUGCCAGUUUUACUUGAUAAAGUGGUUGAGCCUCUGGGCCUCAGCAGAACGUUCCAGAUCCUCAGCCUCUUCAUGCUGGUCCAGGCCCUUCUGGCAUUAACGUUUAAACCUUUACUCCCCUCUGGGGGUGCCAUGGGCCCGCCUGCCAUGGGGCCUGGCCAUUCUGAGUCCCAGACUCAGGCAGCAGCCCAAGCUGGGAGCAAGUGGGGCAAAGCAAUCACUAGAAUCAGAAAGUACUUCAACCUGCGUGUCUUUCACAUUGUGACGUACCGGGUGUGGGCGUUUGGAGUGGCCACGGCUGUUUUGGGCUACUUUGUGCCAUAUGUUCAUCUGAUCAACUUUGCAAAGGAGCAGUUCAAGGAGAAUGAAAAGGAAUGGGUGUUGCUUGUUUGCAUUGGAGCUUCAUCUGGGGUGGGACGUCUCGCUUUCGGCAAGAUUGGUGACCUCAUUCCGGGUCUGAAGAAGAUCUAUAUGCAGGUGGUGUCCUUCAUGGCUCUGGGCCUCAUGUCCAUGAUGAUUCCUCAAUGCGCAGUGUUCGAGGGGCUGGUGGUGGUGUGCGCAUUCCUGGGACUUUGCGACGGUUGCUUCCUCACCAUGAUGGCCCCCAUAGCUUUCGAGCUGGUCGGGCCCAUGCAGGCCUCGCAGGCCAUCGGUUACCUUCUUGGCCUUAUGUCUCUGCCCAUGACGGCAGGUCCACCCAUCGCAGGUCUCCUGCACGGUUAUUUUGGCAACUAUACUGUGGCGUUCUCCCUGGCUGGGGUGCCUCCUAUGGUGGGGGGCGUGGUUCUCUUCUUUGUGCCGCUGAUCCACCGCAGGCUUCAGCGAAACCAGGCUCCCCCGGAGGACACCACUGCCCACAUGCUGCCCACAGCUCUUCCAGCGGGGGAAGCCAAGAGCUGCUCCAAUGGAGACAUCCUGCCAGGCUACACCGAUGUGGAGACGCACAUCUGAGUCACGUCCUACAAAGGGAUUCAGCCCACCAGCACUUUUCUUACCCUUACUACGCCUACGGACUUCCUGUUCUUGUUGGCCGAUCUGGUCUCCUCCCUCCUGAGAUUCCAUUAGCUGUUUGCUGUUUUUAUGCAACGAGAAGGUCAGCGUUGGAUGAGCGCAGAAGACGAAUAGAAAAACUGCAGUUACUUUAACAGCUCGGUCGUAGCAAACCGUUAGAAUGCAAGAAAUAAGGAACAAAAAACACAGUCCAACUCUGUCUUAAAGCAUUUAUCUCUGCUUUAAAACUGCAAAACUUUUGUUUUAAUUUUUUUAUAAAUAUGUAAUUAACAAGAAAAGGCAUAGACAGUGACAUGUAGUGAAGGGAUAAUUUCAAAGUUCAUUUAGCAGUACCUCAUUUUUCUACUUUUGGUAUCUCUGUGCAUUUUAUUGACAUAGCUCCACUGAAAUCGUCUUUUGUGUUAUUUUUGAUUUUGCUAACAUGUUACACUUUAAUGUGAUGCAGUACUUUUUUAAACAACUUUUGAGAAAAUCAUAAAAGAGGAAAAGGAUACUUCUGAUAGACGCAACCGCCUCAUCUCCUCCAACCUCAAGGUUUUCUAUUGUGGCGCUCUAUUCCCAACAGGAUCCAAAGCGCAAAGCUGACGGACCUUAAUCUUUUUGCCACUCUGCCUAUGUGUGAUACUGAUGUGUCACUGGAGUAGCUGCUAAUUCCCACAAUAUGCAAUGAACCCUUCACUUCAUUUGAGGUCAGUGAGUUCUUUUAUGUGGGAGCAGGUUAUACAAACUUAAAAAAGAUGAGCAUCUGCUUCCUGCUUUAAUGAGACAGUAAAAAAAACAACAGUCUUUGUAAUUUUUUUAAUAGCUUGCAGGUGCUGGACAAAUCCACAGAAUCUAUGCAGAAGUGUUUAUGCAGAUGUUACAGGAACCUGAGGAUUGUCUUUACCUCAUAUUGAAAAAGGAAUUUUCAUGAUACCAGUGCAGUUUCUGUGAAUAUGUCAGUUUGCAUUUCAGGUGGGUACUGAUGCAUUUGAGUGCUUUUUUUUAUGCUGGUGUAUUGAUCAGCUUUCAAACCGUUACUGGACGGAGGGAAAAGUUCUGAUGAGCUCACCCGUGUAGAAGUUGUGUUCGGGUGAGGAAAACAGUCAGACAGGAAAAGCUCUUAGCAACUUCAAGAUUCCGUCUCUUAAACCCCCAUGAUGAGCUUCCUCUUGUGUAGGGGUGCCAAAUUCAGUCCCGAAAGUUUUAACAUUUCCCUGCCCUACCUGCUGCUGAUUACCUGGAUCAGGUGUGUUUGCUUAUAGAAGCUUCCAUGGCAAAAUUCUAAAAUGGGCACAGCACCAGCCUCCAAGGCUUGCAUUUGUGCUCCCAGUGCACCUCAGAGGGGCUUUUGUUUGAAAUUUGUUGCCCCAAAACAAGAUUUCUAAAUCCACAAGGAGUUUUUAUUGUUAAUGUUUUUUUUAAUUUUCCAAACAUGCUGGAAUUAAAAAAAAGCUGCUCUCAUCCUGUCUGCAGAGUCUCAGUAUAAUGCAGGAGUUUGCAUUUGACCAGAAAUGCAAAUACAAGAAGCCUGCUGCUUUAAGCUGGAGGGGUAAAAGCAGACACAUGCUGCAACAAAAUCUGACUCCUCUGAAUGCCUGUGAAUGCUCAUACACUCAUGAAUCCAAACAGAGCCCCAGCAGAAGAGGGCGCUGGGAUUUUCCUUUAGACCAGUCACGUCACACCUUCAAUAUCUCAAAUUCUAACAUUUAUUUUGGGAGACUGUAAUACCGUGGAGUAUGUGUAGUGCUGUAUAGUAACAUAUCUGUGCAGUAAAAGGUCAUCAUGGGGGGUAAAGGAAAAGGGAACGCCCUGAUUCUGGUCUGGCAUUUCUUCCCAUUAUACUUUGCUUUCAUUAAGGACUUCCUGCUCAGUAUACAUUUUUGAGACAUUGAGACAGCUUGAGUUAGAAAACUCUUCUACUUUUAAAAAACAUCUCACAAUUGUUGUUAUUAGAUACUUUUUUAUAUAAUAUUUCUAAUAAGCCACAGUUAGAUCCGUCAAAAUACAUUUUAGUAAUCAGAUUUGUGUCUGAUUACAUAUUUAUAUUUAGAAGUCAGAGUUACUUUACCUUCCACCGACUGCAACAGGUAUUCAAAAAAGAUUAGCAAAGUGUUCUGCCAUGAGGAAGUUAUAGUUGAUGUUAUAAAAAAAAAUAAUGCUAAAACAUUUAAGAAACCUGUUUGAGCAAAGUAUUGUGUGUGAAUUUAAGGCUUCUGUUGCAGAAAUACUGAGAUGAGAUAAUCUUGACACAUAAUCUAUGCAUAAGCGAUGCCAAACAUUUCUAUCACCAUGAAAUAAUCUCCGUAUCGUUCAAUGGCUCCCCCGUUUCUGAUUGGAGAAUUGAUUCUGCAUCAUUUAUGUGAAGUUGCUCUGUCGGGGUUCUGGUCUGCGUUUUCGUGUAGGAUUUAUGGGUCUGCGUCUCUUUGCCUUAGCAGUCAGUGACCUUCUUUGUGACUCCGCCUUGUCUUCCUUUUGUGCUGGAGUUGUUGCUGUCCAUCAAGAGAAGGUGCAUGCAUCUAGUAUCCCCGCAACAGCCUCAGUCAGGAAUAUGUUGGGUUGGCGCCUUCAGUGUUUAAAAUUGUAGAUUUAUGGAUAUUAGAUCUGCAGUUUUAAACGAGAAAUCCACAGAUUCAGCUACUAAUUUUUCUCUUGAUAUUAUGCUUUUAAACUUUUUUUUCUUUUUGCUGAGGGCUUGGAAAGAUAUUUUAUGUGCAUGUUGGACACCCAAAGAUGGAUUUUUUUUAAUACUCUAAUUUAGUCUUCGGUGCAAUUUAAAAAAAAAAUGCAGACCUGUGUAACUGUGUGCAGAUUCCUGCUGAUGUUGCAAGACUCAAACUGGUUUUCUGGUACCAGAAGUUGAUUCUUGCACCUCUUUAGGUGUCACUCAUCCAUCUAUUUUCUUCCUGAUCAUCUUUCCUCCUGGCUGGAUCUCUGGAUCAAGAGGUUGGGUGUUCUUCCAGAGUCGCUUAAAAUAAGAGUUGAUCCUUUUUGGUGCUUCUUUGCAUUCAUGAGUUUAUGUUCUAGUUUAUGUACUGAUGAAUGCUUCACCUCCACAUUAGACAAAAUGUUCUAUUAGUUCUUGUAAUUAUUGGGUUUUGUUCUUAGCUAAAAGAAUCGUUUUAUCCUGAAACACACUUUUCCACUCAUUUUUUUCUCUAAAGGAAACAUUUUGUUGAUACCUCCUAGUAUGUCACAACACACAGUGUUGUACAUUCUUGUUUGCUAUCAGAAAACAGCAUAGAAUUGUCCCCAAAACAAGAUUUAUUCCUCAAAUUCAGACUUUUUUCGUUUCAGAAAGGUUCUUAGUUCGAGGUAUAUAUUUUUUUUCACUGCUCAGAAACAUUUGGGUGCUUUUUAUUUUUAAAUCUACUGUGUUCAAACUGAGAAGAUUGUUUGUAAGAGAUUAGGAGAAGAUCGGAAUGAAUGAGAAGCAGUCUGGGUCCUUAUUGAUUUAUUGUUUGUUUUUAGAAAUUUUGCUUCCAAGAGAAUGGUUUAGUGUGUUCAGACCUUCGAUUUAACACACAUUUAUUGUAUUUUCCACUCUAUAGAGCGCAACGGAUUAUAAAGCAGAUAGUCUAUAUUUCGAAAAGACGCACCAACCUAUGAGGCUACGUUCACACCACCCCUUGCAGCACGUGCUCAAGAGGCCAAAAGUCUAUGUAAACGUGUGUAAAUUUUGAGGCUUACGCAUUGAAAACCCUCGUGUUCAUGCAAGUUUUUACGACUGAUUUUGGGCUCUACGUACAAAAUGUGCAGCCAUUAAAUGGGUGUGGCCAGUUAAACUAGGGUAAAUUUUAAACCAAUCAGGGACUCGAUUUAGCAGUGACAUAUGGGUAGUAUCUUGUUUAUCUCAAGGAAGUCCCAACCAUCUGAAAAUUGAGAAAUGAAUAAUUGCGGAUCGUUACUCACUCAGACUUUACUGCAUUCACAGUAACUCUAGAAGUGGUUUGUAAUUCGCUAAAUGUUAACCACAUUUAGUCACAAUAUCUGCCGUAAAAAACAGACUUAUAACACUAAAACAGACGUUACAGUGGCGUCACUAACUCCCAACCUUGUUAGUAAAAUCAGUCAGAAGCGCUACUCAUUACCAACGUUAGCAUAUUCACAAUAACACCCAACCAAUCAUUUUGACAAAGCGUUGUGUACCUCUUACCUCUUAAAAUGACAUCACUAACACAACCAGAAUUAAUCUAUAUACUGUAUAAGGUGCUCUGGAUUAUAAGGUGUCAUUUUUUGAAAAGAAAAAAGAAGGAUUUUGAGUGCACCUUGUAGUGCAGAAAAUAAGGUGUACAUAAAAAUAUAGAUGAAGGAGCUCAAUAAUUUAGAGUGAAGAUGUUUUUUUUUUUUUUUUUGCAGCCUCUCUGGUCCUCCUGUGACCCUGUUCCCCUUUCUGCUCCUGAUAAAUAUUUACCUGGAAUACCAGCUCCAUUUGCCACUCGCUACACAUAAAGCUGUUGCCUAUGCACCUUGUGUUUUACCUAAACAUGCUGCAGGUUUUAAACACCAAUUAACACUAAUGGAUUUUACUUACUCAGCAUCUUUUUAGAUUUUUUCCCUAAAAAAAAGUUUUUGUUUUUUUGUAUUCUAUGUUGUGUUUUGUAAACUGUCUCCCUUUGUUUUUUGAUCAUUCUUUUCAGGUCAAAGUCUCAGAGAGGCACAUUUGUAGGUUAUGACAAAAACUCAAAAGGGGCAUAGUUUUCUGUUGUUGUCAUAUUUCAGAAAUUGUUGAGUUGUUGUUAUCUAAUCAACCAGAAGACAGAGCUCGGCCUCUGAGCUUCAUCUCAUUAGUGUCUCUCCUGAAAUGUUUGCCAGGCUCAAAAUCAUUCCAGUGUUGCUCUGCCGUGCAGAGUGCCAUUGCUGUGCUCCCCUGACCUCGGUCUGCGUAAUGUCUCACAGUGCUUUGUCUGAGUCAGACGUAUGAAAAGACGAAGGCCCAAUUGUUACAGCUGAGCCAUAAUUUACAAGUCUGAACCUCGUGGGCAGCCAGACUCCAAGAGAGCGCGCACUACAAAGCUGUGCCCAGAAAGUCUUCUCAUUUUUGUCCUUCUUUUUUUUCCUCCUUAUAUGAAAGUGUUUGCCCCACAUGCCCAUUUAACUGUUAUAUGUGUGUUUUUAUCGUCCUGUUCUGGCUUACAGCUGUCUUGGUGAUCAUAAAGCAUCUUCUGUGUCCCGGAGCUAAGUUUCAGCCUUACACGGUGAAUUAUGUUGAAUAUUUUAGUGCAGAAUUGCUGAGCAUUCCUCUGUAUAUCCUGUUGGGUGCUGCAGUUCAACCUCCCUUACAAGCUUCUGUCCCAUCACUAGCUCCAACUUUUUAACAAACAUGCAUUAUUUAGUUUCGCUUAAGUGUACAAAAUGAUUCAUGAAAUCUGAGAUUAAGUUUUGCUGCUAGAAAAAAAAAGAUUUUCUGGUUAUGUCGUAUUUCCAAAUCUCACAAUGUCACAUUUUUUCUAUAAAACCAACAAUAAAGAUAUAAAAUGUCAA